GUGCGCGUCUGUCAGCGCUUAUACAUGCAUUCACUGGUUCAGAGGUUGCACAUGAAAGGCGACGAUCGACGCACAGCUUUAAUGUAAAGAAAGUGGGAUAGAAUGGUAAAAUACGGGAGAAUUUCGGCCAAAACGGGAGGCUUUACAUGAAUUAAGUGAACAGGAAGUGUUUGUGGAGAAACAGUUUUGCGAGGGAACGCAAAACAGCGAGAUAACGCAAAAUCUUUGCGAGGGAACGCAAAAACCUUAAAAAUAUGUUUUCCUAUCACUCAGUUUUUUUGUCUUCCACCAAUUUUUCCCCCACCACCACGUCCCUUGCGGGUCUCCGUAUCCUUCCGGGUCUCCGUAGUAAACUGAAAACUUACGUGACUUACAGGAAGAGAAAAAACAAGGAGUUCCACUUUCAGCAGAAGCAGACCAACCAGACACAAUAACGCUCAUUCUGGACUGAAAUAUACAGUUCUCCAUAAGGAUGUCUUUGACCGUGUCUCAUGGCGAGGGCACGAUGGUCAUCACUGUCUCCUCAAACCCGAAGAGCAAAUGGCCAAUGCUGUGCCAGAUUCUGGCCUCUCUGUGUUAUGGACCGGUGUGUUUUGUGCCAGAGGAUAUGAGAGAGACGCUGUCAAGCACACAGAGAGUUUUUGGGAUUGUGCAGAUAAUAGUUGCCAUCCUGAAUCUCAUGCUGGGAUGUUUUGGUCUUAUUUUCUUUUUUAUGGUUUCAGCUUCGUACUACAGUUUGGACUCUUUUGCAAGACAGUAUAAUGUAGUAAUGGUGUUGUCCAUCCUUCAGUUGAUUGUAGCGAUCAGUUUCUGUGCUAUGACUGCAAAGUCUUUGUGUAAGAAGGCUACCCCUGCAAAGUUGGUGGAGGACACAAAAUCACAAUCACAAAGAGUUGGAAUUUGCACACAUUCGAAUUCAUUUGUUGAGAGCUGUAAAAUGGCAUUUGCAGUUACUCAGGAUCUGAAGGAGAAGCUGACUGACACCCACAAAGCACUUGGAAUUGUGCAGAUAGUAGUCGGUGUCAUGAAUAUCACAGUGGGUUGCUUCGGCUUUGGCUCUUCUUUUUUGAUUGGUGGUGUGUUCCUUGUUAUCGGAAUAAUGUGUGUUCUUGCAGUGAAGUUUCCAGUCAAAGACUGCUUGUAAUUUUAGUAUUUCUGAACAUAGUCAGUGCUGCGAUGGCUAUCUCGGCUGUUGUGCUGUAUUCACUGGAUCUGGCCAUGGGAAACAAUUUCAGCUGCUAUGAAAAUUAUGGCUAUUAUUCAACUAAUAAUGGCUUUACAGGGAACAGAUUUGACAACUGUUUGUACUACAGGAAUCUUAGUAAGAUGAUUCUCGGAGGUCUGGAUAUCAUGAUGAUCAUGUUGUCGGUGCUUCAGCUCUGUGUGACCAUCAGCUUCUGUGUUCUGACUGGGAAAGUUUUGUGUAAUAAAAGCGAGGAUGCAGAGAUGGUGGAGGAUCCAGAACUUAAAAAGGGACUACUAGAAGACGCCAUUGCCACCAUUGCAUGAUAAAAUGAACACUUAAACACAUUUUAUUUUCACUUUCACUUUCAUUUUAUAAUCAGGUAUACCUCAUGUGCUUUAUUCAAUGUUAAAUGCCAAUAAUGUGAGUUUGAAUGGCAUUUCACAUGACGUUUAUUGCCAUACUACUGAAAGCAGCAGCAGAUGAUUCACCUCAGAUUAUGAAAAUAAAAUUGAAAUUGAAAUUGGCUCAAAACCAACACAUAAUGAUUCAGCAUGUUUAUUAAUGUUAAAGUUGAGGUUUAAUAUGUAUUAAUUAGAUUAUAAACCUUACCAUUUCGUUGGAGUGCAGUGAGUGCACUAUUCUGUGCUUCUGAAUGGCUGUAUUUAAACCUCUGUCUGGUGCAAACAGCCCAAUUGCUUAUCACUGCAAAUCUCGUCAAGUAGCGUGUUGUAAGGACACAGGGUUACUAUCUAACCUGCUCACCUGAUGUUUACAUUCGUAGUAGUUAUAUUAUUUUCUAAUUAGUAAUUCGCAAUGACGCUUUUUUUCCACCAAUGUAACCCGGGGUGCUGAAAUAUAAUUGGCUAAACUGGCAUUGGGUGGCUUAAAUGACAGAAACAAAGACAGCCGUUCCAGCACGUAAUGCACAUUUUCAAAGCAGAAUAUCUGACUUCAGCAUUGUAUUUCAGAUGAACAAGAAUGUUUACUUAGCAUGUUUCUUAAAGAUCUGCAAUCAUAUUAUGGUAUUUUUAUGCUUUAAAAGAGUCCAAAACAUACACACAGCACAUUUAAUCCUUUUCACAUAUAUUUUUAUAGAUAGUAUAGUGUUGCUUUUAUUUUUUUGAGAAAUGAUGAAUUUGGCAUCAGGUACUUUUACAUUUAUACGUUUACAAUUUUACAACCUAAGAACAAAGUACUUUAACUUUUUACACCAAAACCUUUUAAAAUUUUACAUUUAAUUCAUUACAGUAAUGAAUUAAUUGAUCCAGCGAUAUCAACUCCUGCUCAUUGUGAUUACGUACCCCAUGUAUACAUUUCUGGAGAGUGCCAGUUAUGUAGCCAGAGCUACAUAUGGCUGCAUUCCGUCUUUAAAAUGAAUGCUAUGGGGCAGUAUGAUGCUUCUGUUUCUUUCUGUGCUACCAGCUGACCACUUUCCUCCGUGUGGAUGGCUUUUCCGCUGUUACUGGUUUGCUCAGUAGCUCGCCGCCCAUACAUCGACGGACUUGAGAUGCAGAGGGGAGUUGACUUUGACGAUGGGGUUCGAGUCUGGAAAAGAACUGUUCCAGAAAGCAGGUAAAACAAAAGCUAAAAAAUAAAAUAAACAAGUAAAUAACAGAGUAAGAAUGUGGUAAAAUCUGAAAACGCAGUAAAAGUCAGGCGGCUCUGAGGGUUUUUCUUUUUCUGGAUUAGGGAAGGCAGUGGGCGGAUCGAUCAGUUGGGUCUAGAAAAGGGAGUAGGUGAGGGGGAUUGGUCAGUCAGUCUACAGCGGCCUCUAGUGGAUUUACGUGGAACAGCAGGUGCGAAUGGCACUUGAGAGAAAUUUGAGAUCUCAAAAAGCAUACACAGCAAUCUCUGGCGGAUUUGCGAAAACAAAAACUGAAAAAACAAAUGCAACAAAUUUUGUUGGGGUGGCUGAGGUCCUUCAUUAUUUACCUUGGUCUAAGCUGUAAAUGGAGAUCAGGUCAGGGAGGUCAGUGCAGAUUGUCCAUCCUCUGGAGAGCUCAUCUGUCCCAGGUAGGUAUCGCUGCAGCCCUGAGUCCGCCAAGUGGGAGGGAUAACACCGCAAGUAGGUUGGAAUUAGGGUUGGUGUAUAGUAGAUAUUAAUUAAACACAAUAUUGGAGUGUCAUGUACAAGACAUUAAGUAUACUCUAGAUUUGUACAACCCACAUGGAGUUCAAGUCCCACCCACUUGGAGCAGGUUUAUACCCUUCACAUCUGUUCGGCUUGGUACUGUUCCUGAACCAAGUUAUAGUGUUACCUGGUUAGGAUGCUCUCAAUGGUGCACAAAUAAACAUUUCUUGACAAUGUAGUGGAGGGAAGUUAGCGAGUGAUGGGAGUAAACAGUUGGACUUGGAUGCAGGCCAUGUCUCCGUGUUAAAAAAAAAGCCCUGCUGGAAAGUAUAUGAAGAAUCUGCAGGAAAUAAAUAAUACUCUCACAACAAUUCAUAAAGUUUUGAUAUAUGUCAGUCCAACAUUCUUUGUUUGAAUUCAUGGCACAGGACUUUUGAAUACAUAAAUGAUUUUAAAUUAACACUAUCUUUUUUUUUGUCUUCUUUUCUCAUAUAAAGAAAAAAUUAAGAGGAAUUUAAGAUCAAACAGCAAAAGUCAGUCCAAGGCAAUUUUUUGUAAAAUAUUUUUUUCCACAUUUUUUUGUGCCUUGGACUGAUUUUUGCUGUUUAUUCUGAUGAAUCUCUUGCCCAAAGAGCACCGACACAUUAUUUAAGGUACCCCUGAGCACUUUUUGCUUGAUUUUAGUCAUUUUAGAUCAUUUAUGUUUGUGUGCAUGUAUUUAAAAGAGUGACUUGCUACUCCAGUGCCUUGAAUUCAAAUGGAGAAUUUUGUAUUUAUAGGUUGCUGUUUUCUUUGCUGGUCUGGGGUGCGUUUCCGAAAGCCAUUGUUAGCCAACUAAGGUCGCAAGUUCCGUUGUUACAAACAUGGUUCAUUUAAUUGGGCAUUUCCAAAUCCAUCGUUCCACUGAACAUUCGCAAACUGCAUCGCAAACUUGUAUGCUUGCAACUACACCUCUAGAGCUGUAGUUAGAAACAUAGUUUCUGGCUGUGCUCUAUUCCUAGUUAUUCCCCCUAUGCCCUAUUCAUUUAGAACAUUCUAAUCUUUAAAUUGGGAUUUUUUUAAAGCAUUAAAGUCAUCACUCCUAGCUGUAAUUUGCUUUCAGUUCACUUUUAGCGAUCUGCAUGUUUACAAUUGCGCUCCCUUCGCAGUGCACUUUGAAAACAUUAAUGUCAUUUUGAACACAGCCUCAUGACGAAAGCUAUAGGUGACCGAUUAUUUAAAAGCGGAAUAUACGUUAUGUCUCCAAAGCUUGUGAAAACAAAAAACAUAGCAUACGUUAAUGCUUUUAAUAUAUAGUAGGUUAUUUAAUAAGUAUCUGUUCUGUAUAUGACAUGAGCUCAAUAAUUAAUAUUAUUAAAGUUUUUUUUUUUUCAUUUUUUAAUAAAUAAUAAAUAUACUUUUUUUUAAGCUUUUGUAAGUGAUUUAAUGUUAAUUUAGAAUAGAAUAUGUAGUGUUCUCAAUAAUAUUUGUAAAGGAAACACAGGCCCUAUUUGUGCCAUUUACAUAUAUUUCAAUUAAUUUGGAAAAUAGUUGCCAAAACUAAUAUAGUUUUUUUUUUAAUGCAUGAGUGUGGAAAACAAUAUAAUUUACACAAAGAAAUUAUGGGUUUUUUCUCUAAAGAAGUUGUUACUACCCCAUUUAGAGCAUCAUUAUGGGUGUUUUACGUUAUAACUAACGUGGUUUAAAUGAUGGAUCUGCGACAGAGAAACUAUGGUUUUGGGAAACACUUGUCACUACAUCUGUCUUUUCCCAAACGAUGCAUCGUACUAUGAUAGUUCAGCUGCGAGUUUUGUCGUUGUUUGGGAAACGCACCCAUGGUUUCCCCUGCAGUUUAAAGUAAUGCAGAAAGGAUCAAUUAUAUUAAGUAAAUUAGCCUAUUUUGUGAAAAAUUUGUGCAUUUUCCCUUAUUUAAAAUAUAUAAAUACUUACUGACUCCCAGGGCCGUUUCAAUUUGCUCUCUGCAACUCUCACAUGGUCGCCCACUGAUGCUAAGCAGGGCUGCGCCAGGUCAGUACCUGGAUAGGUGAUCACAUGGGAAACCUGGGAUGCUGCUAGAAGUGUUCUUCUGUCAUGUUUGGGAGGGUAUAUAACGCCCCAGUAUAUUGAUGGGGACUCUAUACUGCUCAGUGUGCGCCGUCUUUCGGAUUAGACGUUAAACCGAGGUCUUAAAAAAUUCCAGGAUGUCCUUCGAAAACUAAUAGGGAUUGAAAACCUGGUCAAAUUGGCCUCUGUUCAUCAUGGCCUACUGACCAUCCCCAUAUCAUAAUUGGCUUCAGCACUCUGUCUCCUCUCCACCAAUCAGCUGGUGUGUGGUGUGCGGUCUGGCGCAAUAUGGCUGCUGUCGCGUCAUCCAGUUUGAUGCUGCACACUGGUGGUCGAUAGGAUUUCCCCCAAAAAUGUGUAAAGCAUUUUAAGUGUCCAGAAAGCACUAUAUAAAUGUAAAUAAUUAUUUAUAUUGUUAUUUUUUAUAUUGAAGUUGAUAUUUAGCCGUGUUUCGUAACAUAUAAUUUUUACGAGGUGA